AUGUCGGCAAACCGCGGCGCGGCAGGCGCCGCUCAAGACGCUGCCGCCAAGAGCUCCGCGAAUGAGCCGCGACUACUGUGGAAUCCCGACAAUGUCAAGGACGUGGCCGAGUCGGUCGGCAUUGCGGCGCUAGGCGACGAAGCGCUCAGGACACUAUCACAAGACGUCGAGUACCGGAUAGGCCAGGUCAUCAUUGAGGCCUUGCGCUUCAUGCGCGCCGCUAAGCGCACCACAAUGACAGUCCAGGACGUCUCUCUCGCGCUCAAGGUGCUUGAUGUCGAGCCGCUCUAUGGAUACGAGUCGACGAGGCCCCUGCGGUACGGCGAGGCGAGCUUGGGGCCUGGACAGCCUCUGUUCUAUAUCGAGGACGAGGAGGUGGACUUCGAGAAGAUGAUCAACCAGCCGUUACCAAAGGUGCCGCGAGACACCAAUUUCACAGCGCAUUGGCUCGCCGUAGAAGGCGUCCAGCCGUCAAUACCGCAGAACCCAACAUCCAACGAGGCACAAUCACAAACCCUUCUCGCCAAGGGACCUGGCGCGAAUCCAACACUAGGAGCGAUGGCAGGCAACGAGAACACAAGCUUCCGACCGGCCGUGAAGCACGUCAUUUCGAAAGAGCUUACGCUAUACUUUGAAAAAGUACAAUCGGCGCUUCUCGACGACGGCCCAGACGCCGAGGUCCAACGACUCCGGGAAGCAGCCCUCGAGUCCGUCGGCUCGGACCCCGGCAUCCACCAGCUCGUGCCAUACUUUGUCAACUUCAUCUCGCAUGAAGUCACCCAGAACCUCGACGACGUCUUCGUCUUGCGCCAGAUGAUGGAGCUCUCCGACGCGCUCCUGCGCAACGACAACCUAUUCCUAAACCCCUACGCGAGCCCGCUCUGCGCACCCGUCCUCACCUGCCUCAUGGGCCGUAAGCUUGGCUCCGACACAGGCCCGGACGCCGUGAAGCAGCAGUACCAGCUCCGCGACCUCGCGGCAAGCCUGAUCGGCAAGAUCUCGGACAAAUUCCACACCUCGAACCGCAUGCUCCGCCCCAAGAUUGUGCGCUCCUGCCUGCGCAGCAUGCUCGACCUCAACGGCCCGCCGGCAGUAUGGUACGGCGCCAUCAAGGGCCUCACCGCCGCGGGAGGCCCCACGAACAACGAGCCCGUGCGGCAAAUCAUUCUGCCCAACCUCAAGGACUUUGAGAACGGCAUGCUCGCGCCGCUCCGCGAGAAGGGCGAGGCGGGCCGGAUCGACUACGAGGCCAUUGUGGGCGCCAUCAUCCGCGGGAUCCGCGCGCUCGCCGAGAAGGACAACAUCGGGUGGGCCUCGGCGCAUAGCGGCGGCGGCAACAUGGAGGACAUGGUGAACGGCGACACUCGGAUCUCGGACCGCCAGGUCAACGAGCUCAAGGCUUUCGUGGGCGAGAUCGUUGCCGAGCGGCUGGCGAACUUGCGGGAUCAAAAGCUCGUCUCGACGGUGCUGGAGGCGAGGCAGUUCAUGCAGCAGUAG